AUGUCCCUCAAAAAAGUCCUUGCCGAAAUCCGACGCACCGAUGCCACCAAGACUAUACACCGUGAGCCGUAUGCCGCUAUAUCCCCAACACGCCCGGAGCUGAGCCAAGCUGGCCGAGCUAUCCUUAUCACAGGUGGCGGCACCGGCGCCGGUUUCGCCAUGGCAAAAGCCUUCAUUCGCGCCUCAGCGGCCACCAUUAUCCUCAUUGGCCGACGUGCUGGCGUCCUCGAGACAGCGCGUGCUCGCCUCGUCGAAGAAGCCGGUACAGGGACCAAGAUCAUCAUCCAGACCUGCGAUGUGACUAACACCGCAGAUGUCGACGCGCUGUGGCAGUCAAUUGCAGAAGAAGGUAUAGUGGUGGAUGUAUACGUCGCCAACGCAGCGAAGUUCACAGAACCCAAAUCGAUGUUAGAGCUGGGCACGGAGGAGGUCUGGAACCAGGUGGAGACGAACGUCAAGUCGCCCUUGUACUUCGCUGAGAAGUUUCACACUCAGCCUGGUAGUAGUCCUGACAAGCGAAAGGUGACCAAGUGUUCCGCCAAACCCUACAAGCUUACGGUAGACUGA